GACCACAGGCAAGUGUUUCCGCCACAACUACCCGUAUCUUGUAGGCUUAUUAUAGCGCAUAGGAUCGCAAAAGAUGCUCCUCUUCGAUUUAUGAUACAUGUAGGUUACUAUUAUUUAUCUUUGAAAUCAAUUAUUUUCUAUAGAAAUUGGUAUUUCCAAUGAAAUAACAAUAAUAGCUAUUAGUCCAUUCAUUUAGCAAUGGCAGUCUGUCUUACGGAGCCGCUUUGUAAGCCGUGUAUGUACCAUGUAAAAUUCAAAGUGGAAUUGCACGUGAAGAAAUCUCUGUUGCCCAUCCACCUGAGCUGCGAACAGGUGGGGCUGGAGAUGUUGUGCCUGUGCGGUCAGCUUGACCUCCUCAUCCGUGCUCAGGUUCACCAGUUUCAAGAGCAGCUUAAACGGAAUUCCAGCCCCAUGGAAUCAUAUGCUCUCCAAAGACAAGGAGCUGAGAUCAUAGAACAAAUGCAUCAGUGCCUUGAACACCUGCCCAAACCUGCACCAGAACUUGAAGACUACCUAGAUAUUGUGGGACUGUCUACUAUGUUUCCUCGAGUGGAGAUUUUUGUCAUACAUGGCAGCCCCGUAGACAUGCUGGAAAAGCCAGCUUUGGAUGGGUACUUCCCUCACAUUGGGAGACUUAACCAGCUCCUUGUCCUCUGCCAGCAACUUGAGGAUGAUGUUCAACAUCUAGGAAGUCACAAAUACAUUGCCCAUCAGCUAUCAGUCAUUUAUCAAGUUCUUAGUUCGUUGAAGGGCAUUUUGCCCCUCGCUGGUAUAAGGAAAGACAUUGAGGCUCACUUCAAAGAAAUUAAAAAGGCUCUGGUGCCUGAGGAAGGAUCCAAACUAGACCCUCAGCUGCCCUCUCACCACAUCAACUGGAUACUGGAAGUCACUCAGACUUUAGUAUCAACAGUGUCUUCACUUCCGGAGGAACUUACCGAGGACCUUAACCAAGUGAUGGCCUUUGUUUCAAAGCUGAAAUGAUGGCAAACAAUUGUGCUUUUCUCCUGAUAUUCCCAGCAAUUUAGAUCUUCACUUGUGUCUUAAUGAGAAAGUCAUUUUGAAUGUUGUAUAAAUGUUGGUAGAUCAGUGUGACUAUGAUAAGUGUGACAUAUGUCCAGGCUGUAGUUUUUGGACCAUUUACAAGAGGAUAAAUAAUACAGGCUUAUUUUGGGUAGACUAUUGGAAACAUUCUUUUUGAAGUGUACAGUGUAACCAUAAUUUUCUGUUAGUACACUGCACUACACAUCAAGUUGAUAUGCUGGAAGAGAACCUCUUAAAAAUUUGCCAAGGAUUUUUACCACUGCACAUGCACACUAUAGUAUUUUCUAUUUUCAAAAGUUGACCUUUAUUUGGUUGGCUUUUGUAUGGCAUUUGAUGCAUCCAUCUAUCUUAUGAAGUAAACAACAUAUGUAAUACAAAAGAUUCUGAAAAGUGCCCAUUAUUAUCACAAUAACUUGACAUCCCAGUGAUCCCACAACCUUCAUAUCAGUGCAUACACUAUUGUUUUGUUUUGCUGUUUGAUUUCAAAUGUCAUUGAAAUACACAAUUAAUGGCCACAUUACAUGAAAUGAAAGUCUAAAAUGUUUUGUCAAUUUGUCAUUAAAACAUAUGCAAUGACUAGUGUAA